GACCGUAGGCGGUGUCACCGCGGCAGAGGCGGAUGGGCGCGAACCGCCCCCGAAGGCUCUCCGCGCUGUGAGCGUUUCGCUGCCGCUCCUCUCACGUUUCCCGGCCGGCCGUCGGUGGAGCAGAAAACUCCCUCAGAGCGAGCCGUUACAGAGCGCGUUACGAAGCAGCGUCCCUUAUGUGUUCUGGGAGAACGCACCCCAAUGGGACACGGCCAACGCAGUUCUUUUUUAACGUUCUUUAUUGCUACAGCAGAAACAUGGACAGCCACAGCUGAUGGAAGCAGCGGUUGUGCAGGAGUGGGACGUGGUUCCCGACCGCAGGGAGACUGCUACCGUCCCCUGUAGGAUGGGGGCGGUGGCGGUGGCGGUGGCGGUGCCCGGCGGGGCUGGGGGCUUCUGGGCCUUGGGGGCCGCGGCGGGGGCAGCCGAGACGGGGCACUCUUGGGCCUGGGGGGCGGCGAUGUGUUGGGGCUCCGCAGCCCCCGUGCAGGACGUCCUGACACACGUGGAGGCCGCUGGUGCCAAGUCUGUCUGUCCGCAUAAACGGCUCCUUCAUAGGCAGCACACUGAGCUUUGGCAGCCCGGUGCACAGACAGAAAUAUACCCACCAGGCACUUCAUUCUCCCCCGUCAUUGCCUUGAGAACAUGAGAAAACUGCAGCGAAUCUCUUCCUCGUCCUGCUUUCCCUCUCUGUCCCGCAGGACCUGAACAGAACGUAGCAGGACACGUUUCAGACCAACCAACUAUUGAACCGAGCACUCUUUUUGCUGAAGUCCAUCCAGACAGACUACGGAAAGGGGAUGGAGAGCGGAAGAAAAGAGAACGGGAGGGGGAGCCCCAAAGGCUCUGUCCUUGCAGUGACUUCGUGCCCCCCGUGCCACUCCGUUUUGCUCACCCACCUGCUCCUGGUGCUCGCCACGGAGCAGCAGCGAACUUAUAGCAAGUUGUGGCCAUCAGGAGGAAGAGUAUGAGGCGGGCAGAGGCCAUAGCUCCCCACACUCGUCCCAUGCUGUCACCAGCAUGAUUACAGCCACAGCAAGUUGAUGACAUGGCAGGCACAGAGCAGUGCCUGUGACACCACGGGACAGCGUCACAGAGGGGCACUGUGAGCUCAGGGCAGAGGGGCUGACCCCAGCGCUCACGGAACCCCCCACUGCCACUCUCGAGCUGCCACGGCAGAGAGAAUUCCUUCAUCGCUGACGGUGCUUCCGACACCCGACGCCAUUUUAUUUGAAUCUUUGUGCCCCCACCGGCCACUGCUGCAAUGAAGACCACCAUUGGCGGAGCAGUGCCCGUAUCCUUCCAGCCCAUCCCUGCCCCCAAUGUCACCUCCAUGGUGCCUCAGGCCUCUGUCCAGCCGGGGGUACCGGGUGUGCAGGGACAGGGAGCGCAGCUGCAACCUGGGGUGAUCCCCCAGACUGUGGCUCAGCUGCCACCUGGGGCAAUGCCCUAUACUGUGGGUCAGCUGCCAUGCCAGGGGGUACCCCCAGCUGUGGGUCUGAUCCCACCUCAGGGGCUGCCCCCAACGGUGGGUCAGCUCCCACCACCUGGGGCAAUGCCCCCAGUUGUGCUUCAGCUGUCACCUGAGGCAAUGCCCGAAAGUGUGCCUCAGCUGCCACCUGGGGCAAUGCCUCAAACUGUGGGCCCGCUCCCACCUCAGGGGGUAGCCCCAAUGGUGGGUCUGAUCCCACCUCAGGGACUGCCCCCAACGGUGGGUCAGCUCCCACCUGGGGUGAUGCACCCACCUGUAGUUCAGGUGCCACCUGGGGCAUUGCCCGAAAGUGUGCUUCAGCUGCCAGCUGGGGCAAUGCCCCAAACUGUGGGUCAGCUGCCACCUCAGAGGGUACCCCCAACUGUGGGCCCUCUCCCACCUCAGGAGGUGCCCCCAACAGUGGGUCUGAUCCCACCUCAGGAGGUGCCCCCAAUUGUGGUUCAGCUCACACCUGAGGGGCUGUACACAAUUGUGGGUCAUCUGCCACCCGGGGAGAGGCAGUUACCCCUCCUCCAGCUCCUACCCGGCGGGAUGAAGCCGGGUAUGCCUCCCCCCAAUGCCCCUGCCCACUGCUGGCAACAUCCCCGGCUGGCAGGGAAGCGGCAGCGGCAGCGCCAGCAGCCGAUGGGGCUGCGGCCUGGGGCCGUGUGCCGUGGGAAGCCCCCGCAGACCGCAGGCAGCUGCCCGCUGCAGGCCCCCGGCCGCCCCGGCCCCUCCACAGUCCUCCGAGCACCUCCAGUGCAGCUGCGGGUGCUCCCCGGGCCCUGCACCCUGCCCGCCAGCUGGGAGCAGGCGACGGGGCCCUUUGCAGAUGCCGUGGCGCACACCCAGGAGCAGCGGCACCCAGCGCCCACCAACGUGUGCCCCCAUCCCGCCACGGCUCCGCUCGGCUGCAGCAGCGCAGCGCUGGAAUCAGGAGCAGCGACAAUGAGCUCAGACGUCCCGGAGGACGUCAGCGACAUCCACUGCCUCCUGACUUGGAUCAACAACGAAGCGAUGAGUCUUCGCGAGGUCCCCCAGCCCAGCAACGACCUGCUGUGGAGGCAGCCCGAGCCGGCCGAGUGCCCAGCGCCCGCCCGCACCACCACAGGGCACGAGCAGCGCACUGGCAGCAUCCAGGCCCCAAAGAGGAAGCUGCCGCAGGGCCGGGAUGCUCCAGAAGCGAAACGCCGGCGCUAGGCGAGGCUGGGUGGGCUCAGCACAAGCGGGAGCGCCCGCAGAAACCGUGCCUGGAGCCCUGGGCUCCUCGCCGGCCCCCGCGGCACACACAGAGCAGCGGCAGUGCUCCAGGGGCACCAGCACCGGCCCCGGCCCUACCCCUCCAAACCUGGGCUGUCCACCACCACCACCGUGCACUGUGACCUCCGUUACAUCACCUUAUCUUAUGUUAUGUUAAAUUAUGUUAUGUUAUGUUAAAUUAUAUUACAUUAAAUUACAUUAAAUUAUUGAAUGGUUUGUAUUCACUUUGCUACCCCUCUGCCUGCAGUGGUUCCUGCAGCACCAAAGCCCCCCCGCACCCCAAUGCCCACCUCCAGGGAUGUUGGUGUGGUUGCAGUGAGCCGAGAGCUGCCGCUCCUGCAGCUCCUCCUGACUGAUGGUAUUCAUGACCAUCACUGCUGCCUCAGCUCCCCCUCGGUGAACACCUUCCCCCACAUCUGACCCAAA